GCUAAGGCCAGGACGCGAUCAUGCGUAAUUAAAAAAAUUAAUCAAUAAUUUUCAAUCGUCCGAGGGUCACUAAUUACGACACGAUGCAUUUUAUUUAAAAAUAGCCCAAUUUUGAGUAACACUCAAAGAAAGAGAAAAUUUUAUUUGUUUCGUCAAAAGUGAGGUUACGUCGCUGUCACAAUGACAGUCUAUAAUAUUUACAUCUUUGAUAAAAACGGCACUUUGCUUUAUUACAAUGAGUGGAAUCGGCUGAAGCAGUCGGGGAUGACCCGAGAAGAGGAGGGAAAAUUAAUGUAUGGGAUGUUGUUUUCAAUCAAGUCUUUUGUCGGUAAAAUCUCCCCAAUCGAUACGAAAGAAGGUUUUCUAUACUACAAGACGUCGAAAUAUACGCUCCACUUUUUGGAAACUCCGUCAGGCUUAAAAUUCGUACUAAACACAGACACAAAUGCACAAGGUGUGAGAGAGUUGUUGCAACAGAUUUAUAGUCAAGUGUAUGUUGAAUAUGUAGUCAAAAAUCCUCUAGUUCACUUAUCUGAACCCAUUCAAUCCGAACUGUUUAAAACUAAGCUUGAUACGUUUAUAAAACAGUCACCUAUUUAUCUAUCAAAGGCUUUGUAACAUUGUUAAUUAAUAAAUGGUUUUUUGUAUGAGA